AAAAUUCAGAGCGCUAAUUUCUGUUCGAUUGUACGGCUUUAUUGUACACAAAUUAAAUUAUUUGCAAUAAUAAUUCAAACCUUGAUUUUGUAUCAACAACGAAGCUAUAAGGCAUAAAAAUGGAGUCUAACGCUGAAGUCGUGACAAAAGUAAAUGAAGCAGAGAGUGAAAACAAACCCACGCAGGCGGAGGAAAAUCAAAAGGCAGUGAAUAGCUCUGCCGAAACGAACGAAUCAGUCGGUGCAGCCGAUGAAAACAAAAAAGAACAGGAAUCCAAAGAGGAAGUAAAGGAGGAGCCUAAAGAGACCGUCAAAGAGGAAGUUAAGAAGGAAGUCAAAACGGAAGAAGACGAAAAUGGCCAAACAGAAACGACUACUGUCACAAUUGUCGCAAAGAAGAGCGAUGGAGAGGGCAGCCAGUCCGAGACAACGACCACAACCACGACCACGGUCACUGUUGUAGCGAAGAAACCGGGAGACGAUGCCGACGCUGAUGUCACGGACUCUUCGGCCAACACCGUGGAAACAAAAACUGAAACAACUAUCGUUACAAAGUCCGAGAAAUCAGCAGAAGCGGGUGCUGCCACCGAACCCACGGUCCCAGACACUUCUGUCGAGGAGGUGGAAGAAACCGUUGUUGUAGAAGAAGAGGAAGAAGAGGCGGAAGCUGAAGCGGAAGAAGUGGAGAGCACAAGCAACCAAAAGGCUGUAGCUGAACCUGAGCAGGCUGAGACAGAGUCAGAGGCAGAAUCGGAGUCAGAAUCAGAAGAAGAAGUUGAGGAGCAACCACCCCAAGCAGCUGAACAAAAAGAAGCAGAAGUGCCGGAGAAGGUUCAGGAGGAAGACACUGAAGAAAAACCGCAAACAAAGAAAGACUUCAAUGAUCAGAUCCAGGAUAUUAUUUCGGAUAUCGAUAGCAAUAUAAAAGCUCAGGAGAAAAUAACGCAACUGAAGGAACAAGAAUUACAGCUAAUUCAAAAGCAACAAGAGCUGGCCAACCAGAUACAGCAGCAACAGAUUUUGGCGCAAAAACUGAUCGCUCAGAACCAAUUGAAGGAACAAGAGCUGCAGGCGCAGCAGAGAGUCCAACAACAAUUGCAGAAUCAGCAAUAUCAGCAGCAUCAACAGGUGUACCAGAAACCCGCACAGCCGUACGCAAAUGUCAUUAACCAGCAAGAGGACUACAACAAUGUCAAGGAAUCCACAAAUGUAUCGAGGACAGUUGAUUUGCGCAAGAUAUUUACACCAGCUACCGAUGCGCCCGAAAUCUUACCCAAAAACCGAAAGCUAUAUGCCUCAUCAGCAUUUUAUUCUCCGACACUACACCCAACUGUGGAGGACCAGGUUGAGCUUGCCCGCCGAAUAUCGCAUUCUUUGAGCGAUAUAAGUAACCAAAAGUCUAAGGGCCAAUCAAUGUAUGUCAAUCGAAAAAAACGCUCUGUAAAAUGGGUUCAUGAAGGUUGCGCUCAAGGGGAAGAUGAUAUAAUUGAGAAUCAUGCAUUGUACAAAGAAAAUUCGGAAUCGAAUUUGACGCCGGAACUAACCAAGUUGGACAAAAUGCCCUUAAAGUUAAUUAUGAAUCCACGAGGACAAAUGCGCGACUAUAACUCACUGAAAGAAUCAAUAAAUGUCGAAACAGGUCUUUUAUCACCUGAUAAUUGCGCUGAGCUAAUAACUGCGCUGCAACUGCAUAAGGGAAGAGGAGCUGAGCUUUUCGCGAAGCGGCGCCGAAAAGCUGAUAAUUGGGUAGUCGAUGAGACCAAUGCUGGCACUCACAGUCCAUCUGGUAUUCCAGAUUACCAGCAGUAUCAGCCAAAGCCACCCACCUCGCCCAGUAUUGUGCCUGCAUAUUCAGAUGCUGGCAAGCAUCGGGUGCAGUUGAAUAUCCAUCAGGAUCAAUUAAUUGAGAAAUACUCGAAGCCAGGCGUACAGGUUGUCAAAUCACCAUGGGAGGCGGCCCUCCAAACUGGUUCGGCCAGUUCGGCAUUUGUCGAGGAAUCGAAAUUUCCCAGCCAGACACCGCCAGCUGCAUCGCCAUCGUACUUCAAUCGCGAUUAUGUCGAUUUGCCUGUAGCACCAGCACCAGCACCAGCUCCCACCACCUAUGGAAGCCAGCAGGAUUCAUACAAAAAUACUUACGAUACAAGCGCUGUCACUCAACGAUCCCAGCCGCUGCAGCCCGUCAACCCCCAGAGGGAGUUGGCUUACAAGCCAAGUGUGGCCCAGGGCUGGAGAGGUCCCCAAGUGGAAUUGCCAAGAGAAUAUCGCGAAUACUAUGAGACAUUAGCUCUUCAGCAGGCGAACAAAUACAACAACUUCGGCAGCAUUGAUUACGAUAGAGAUAGAGAUAUAUAUUAUUCGCAAAACUCUGACAUUGACUAUGAAUUGUAUAAAGAAAGUCCUGACAUCAGUUUCACGGUCGAUGUCCGGAACAGAUUGGAACAGCUGGAAGAGUUUCAGCAGCACUUUUUGCAACAGCAGAGUCGCGAAAGAGAGCUCCAGAAGCAACGCGAUCUGGCUCGUUACCUACGCUCCCAAAAGGAGGCGGAAGAGAAACUGAAACUGAACAUUAAGAGAUGCGAAAUCGCACGUGAAAAGGCGCGUGAAAUUGCUGCUGCCAGCAGUACAGAGCCCAAGGUCUCUGGGGAUGGCAACGAAGAAACUAGCGAGCAAGUAAACGUUCGCGAAUUGAUAUCGUCCUUUGAACAACAAUCGUUAAAGCAAUACGAAGAAGCUCUACAAACGGCCUCCAGAUUGUCGAUUCUCAAAGAACGAUCGAAGAAUGCUGAAUUGAAGAUGCAAGACGCAUUCGCUUUGGAAAAUAUGUCGAAUCGGUCAAUCGAUGUUCAAGGUCUUUAUGUGCCUAAGGAGAUCUCCCUAGCUAGCUAUGCACCACCUCCGGUACAGUCUCCACCACAGGUGCAGUCCCCAUAUGCGCGGGCCCAGUCCCCAUAUGUGCCGCCAUCGAAUAAUGUGGGCAAUGGCUAUGGACGUCCCUCGUCCUAUGCACCAUCUUCUUACGAGCCAGCUGGCCAGCCUUCUUAUGAACCAGUCGGCCAAUCACCGUACGGAUCAGGUGGUCAGUCAGCUUAUGGACCAGGUGGGCAGUCAGCUUAUGGACCGGGUGGCCAGUCUAGUGGUUUCCCCUUGUCGAAGCCAUCGACUGGCUUCUCUUCAGCGGUUCCGCCGAAACAACAGCUUUAUGCUCCAUCUAGCUACCAGAAAGUCCCACAAACCUCGUCACAAAAUGCGCCCCCAGUCAACUUCAAUCCCUCGCCCUUGUCCUUCGACAAACUAUCGAAGUUCGAGCAGCCCGAGCAGAGGAACGUUGGCUAUCAACCCCAACGCAAUCUAAAUGUGCGCGGCUACUCCAAAGUUCGCAAUGUAUCACCCGCUCCCUUCGGGGGAGCUCGCUCACCCAUCGGACAGGGAUCGCCCAUUUCGGUGUCGCCGCAGCCUCAUGCGCAGCAGUACGGUGGUGGCGGUUAUGGAGGCUAUGGACAGAGCGCUCGAACGGCCUCUCCUGGCCAGAGCUUCAACAACUGUGCUCGCGGAUGGGGAGGUGGCUCCGGCAAUGCUGGCCAACGGAGUUUUUUAAGUCAAAGACCCGCAGUUGCAGCAGACAGUUUGCCAUACUCGGACUUUUAAAGCUGAUAAUAAUAGCGAUAAUACGAGUAUUGUGUGCUUUUCGAUCGAUCCUUGAUUUACGACAUAUUAUUUAUAUAUACACGAAUGAUUGCCUUAUAUAAAUAUUUACUGCGUUUGUUCAUUUGCGUCUCAACAAUAAUAAUAAUUAUAAAAAAUA